CUAACUCUCCCAUCACCACUCUCCCCCUCUAUUAAGUUUCAAGCGUCUCUUCCUCCUGAACUGAACAACACACACCAAACAGAGGACUGGAUGGAAAACAGACACUGGCUCUCCUGGUCCUACCUCCAUCUCUUCCCAUUUUCUCAUUUCCUUACUUCAACCGCCCUCUGCUCCAUUGUGGCUCCAUUCAUAUCUCUUUCUAAGAGAUAUGAAUCUCUUAGAAACUCUGUCUAAUUUAAGUGUACAGUGCACGUAUUUUUUACUUGAUCUGUUCACUGCUUUUGCUCAAUUUACCCAUCCAUCACAGGGUAUUUGAUAACUGUGUCUCCUCUUUUUCGAUAUACUGUUAUCACUUCUAAAUCUACACCCUAUCCAACUCGAAUCUCUCCCCAUUUUCCUCUUUCUUAACCUUCCUUGCAUCUUUUCAUCUAUUAUUUGCUCUCCUAAUCUUUAGCCUGACUCUGUUGUCCCAUUCCCUGGUCUUCCUGGUUGGGCCUGGCCAGUUGAGAUCAGUAUGUGGUCCAACUUCUUUGUACAGCAGGAUGAGGAGGGGCGCAUUGGGGUAGCAGGGGCUGGACAAGGUGGGGGUUUGGGUGGAAUGAAAGGUGGAAGGGGACAGAGGCGAGCCCAUAAGAUGAGUGACAGCCAGGAGGGGAAGAUCAAGCUGGCCUUCUUCGUGUCUAUCAUUGGGGUGACCCUGACAGUUUUGGGCAUGGGGACAGAGUUUUGGGUGGAGCUGGCCCAACCAAAGAAUUUCAGCGGCAACCAGACCUGCCAGAUGGCCCACUAUGGCCUGUGGAAGGGCUGCAUCCGCACCCUAUGGGUGGCUGACAUAGACCCAGAGAGGACGAGCUGUGGCCCUGCUGAGCUACCUGGAGAAUCCAACUGCACCUACUUCAAAUUCUUCACCUCUGGGGAGAACGCAGUCAUAUUCAAGAAGACAACGAACAAGAAUCUGAAUCUAGCAGCAGCUAUCUUGGCCCUUUUGAGUCUGACCCUGAUGGUCAUGGGCUCCAUCUGUAUCGCCAUGUCCCUGAGCAAAGGAGUGCAGUUCUUUCUCAAGCCAGCCUCCUUCUGUUUCAUUCUGUCAGGUGUACUUGUCCUUCUCUCUAUCCUGGUAUUCCACCAGUCUGUGCUGGCCUUGCUGUCCAGUGAUCACUCAAUACCUUUACACCACAAGCUGUCCUGGUCAGUGGCCUGUGUGGGCUCAGCGGGAGCCGCUCUUAUUUUCGGAGGUUUCCUCUUCAUCAUCCUCUCUCUUCCUUUCAGCCCCUGGCAAAAAUGCUUGCCACACAAGAAUAGCGCCACCUAGCACUUGACUAACGAAAUAUACGUCUAGUGUUUGUGAUAUUUUGCUUGGGAGCAAGUAAAGCAUACAGGCCCAUUUCCUGAGGACUGCAACUUUGAGCUCGCUCUUGGUAUUCAAUUUGUAAGAGAGGUUAUACUAGGUCUUAAUCAAGCAUUUGAAGAAAAGUCAUUAGCACAUGAGGAAGCCCUUUAGAGUUAGUUUAAAAUUUGUUUUGGUGUUUCAUAAAUAGGAAAUACAUGGAGGGAGUGACAGGGCUACUGCUGGCUGUUUUAGCUCUAUGGUGUGCUUACUUCAAGAAGUGUCAAAAAAGGCUUCAAAAAGGCUUCAAACAGCCUACCUGUAGCCAUACAGCCACACAGGAAUCUAGUCUUUCCGUUUCACUAGAGUGAAUACUUUUUUUUUAAAUCAUCAGUUUUAAAAUUUGCUUAAUGUAAAAGUGUUUGUACCCUUUUGAAAAUGAAAGCCCAUUUCUGCCAAGAAAAUUUUAAAAAACACAAAAGAACUCACUAACAGGUCCUUUUUCCAUGCUUCAAUGGCAGUGUUCAAUAUCGGAACCCGAUACCGAUACUGGAUUGGAUCAGCCCCGUCCCUGUUGUCAGCUAACUUCUUCCAUUGCUCCCACUAGAUUUCUACAGCUGCUGUGGCUUUGUAACCUGAAUGUAAACAUGUAAUUUUGAGGCACUUGCUGAAACAACUGACACUGUCCUUCUUCUUGGUAGAACAGACUCUAAGCAAGACAUGACACAGUAUUAUGAGUUGACUUACCGCUUCAUAGUUCUGACUUACUUACUGGGCAUUUUUAUUUAUUUAUUUUAUCUACUGUAUUUUUUUUUCUCCUGGCAGAAAUGGCCUUCCAUAGUUUAAAAUUUCUAAAGCACCAUCAAGAUGCAUCACCAUCAGCGUAGCAACAAAUAAUUACUUUUGAUAAUGUUCAGUAUAAUCAGUAUAGAAAAUAUCCUGAUUACUUUCAAAGAAGUUGCUUGUCACAUCUGCUAUAUGUUGCCUUAUGAAUAGAGCCAGUGAGCCUGAGAGAGGUUUUAGUUGUCAUUAUGUAUUACAUAUGUGUGUUUUACAACUAUUGAGUGAAUGCUGUUUCAUAUAUAUGAAUGUAAGAUGGAUGAAAUCAACUGUGAGAAGAGAUUAAAAUAACAUUUUGUAUAUGAGAGAAUUGUGUGGACUCACACUGUAAGCUCAACUCUGUACAUAAAAAUGAAUGUGUUUAUAUUUUAUGAAUGGCCACUGUUUGUUGUGUUGUGUCAGUUACUUUAUUUGCGAUAUGUAUGCAGUAAAUACACUUUAUUUGUUAUAGCAUCCUCACCUUUUCUCUCUACAAAGACAUGCUAUUUUACACAACAUACACUGCACUCCUUUCUACUCAUAUGUAUCCACAGUAUGUGGCACUAGUUCUGCUUUUCAUUAAAGGGAUUUGACAUG